CUUGAGUGAACAUGGCCUAUUGGACAACAUCCCASAGCCGCAGCAAACAAACACCAUGGUCAAGAUUACCUUCUACGAGGACAAGAACUUCCAGGGCCGUUCCUAUGAGACCAGCUCAGACUGCCCUGAGUUGACCUCCUACCUGAGCAGGUGCAACUCCUGCAGGGUGGAGAGCGGCUGCUUCAUGGUGUACGACCGCUCCAACUUCCAGGGAAACCAGUACUUUGUGAGGAGAGGAGAGUAUGGUGACYACCAGCGUAUGGGCAUGUCUGACUCCGUUCGCUCCUGCCGUAUGAUCCCAAUGCACAAAGGACAGUUCAGGAUGCAGGCCUAUGAGAGAGAGAACUUCGGGGGCCAGAUGCACGAGCUGAUGGACGACUGUGACUCCAUCCAGGAGCGUUACCGCAUGUCCGACUGCCAGUCCUGCAACGUGAUGGAGGGCCACUGGCUCAUGUACGAGCAGCCCCACUUCAGAGGCAGGCAGAUGUACUUGAGGCCUGGAGAGUACAAGAACCUCAGAGAGAUGGGAAACAGCUCCAYGAACAGAUACAGCUCCAUGAGAYGUAUCMYKGAUUCCUGCGAGAGCCAGCAUCAUUGAAGUCUGAGAUUCUUAUUUUUCUGACAUUCAAAAUAAAUAUUGGAUAAUUGAAA